AUGAUUAAUUGUCUUCUAGCUUUAGAUUGUUUGUCAUUUCAACUUGUCCUACGUAUAUGGGGUAUUUAUAUCUUAGAUGGUGAACAGUGGGCAUUUCCUCACUCUUACUUCUCAUCUUGUCUAUCAUAUGCUGGUAUUUUGACCUUCAUUUUAGUUGUGAAUGCUUCACCUCUCAUUGGUCAAAUGCGAAUCAUGUUAAGUAAAUUGUCAAGUGAAAUGAAAGUUGGCUUUAGUGAACUCAGACACAGCUUUAAUGAACUCAGUGACAAAAUGAACGCCAUUUAUGAAACGACAGUUAUACCGGCCAUGUACGUUCGAGUCGAAGCACAUGACGGUUUAAUAUUCAAUACAACACAAGGACGACCGUGUGAGAGACUUCUCCGUUAUGAUCAUAGUUUACCGAUGUACAACGUUUUCGCAAAAUUGCACUCAUAUUUAACAUCAACUUACGGUGCUCAACGGGGGAACAUUGGCAUUAUACAGUUACUAAUCCAGAAACCAUACAAUUUGAUGUGA